AUAAAGGGUCACAAACACACUUCACACUCUCACCCUUCAAUCGUAACCAUCCAAAAAACAAAAAAAAAAAAAAGAAAAAUUCCUUUUUGGAAAAUUAUGGUAUUUUUCUCAAACCCGUCACAUAUAUAAAUUCCUAAACUAAGAAGAAUCACCCCAAGAAAAUUAAUCUUGAAGUCGUUAUCUUUUUAGCAAGGGCAAAGAACCCAGAACAAAAAAGUAAAGAAAGAAAAAAUGUUUGGUAGAGCGCCUAAGAAGAGUGAUAACACAAAGUAUUAUGAGAUUUUAGGUGUACCAAAGAAUGCAUCACCUGAGGAUUUAAAGAAGGCUUAUAAAAAAGCAGCAAUUAAAAAUCACCCUGAUAAGGGUGGUGAUCCUGAAAAGUUUAAAGAGUUGGCUCAUGCGUAUGAGGUCCUGAGCGAUCCUGAAAAGCGUGAGAUCUAUGAUCAAUAUGGUGAGGAUGCUCUUAAAGAAGGAAUGGGUGGAGGUGGCGGCAUGCACGAUCCUUUCGACAUCUUCUCGUCCUUCUUUGGAGGAAGUCCAUUUGGUGGCAGCAGUAGAGGAAGAAGGCAACGAAGGGGAGAAGAUGUAAUUCAUCCUCUCAAGGUGUCACUUGAAGAUCUCUAUUGUGGUACAACCAAGAAGCUCUCCCUCUCGCGUAAUGUGAUAUGCUCGAAAUGCAGUGGUAAAGGGUCAAAAUCAGGAGCUUCCAUGAACUGUUCAGGAUGUCAAGGAACCGGUAUGAAGGUGUCUGUCAGACAGCUCGGCCCUGGAAUGAUCCAGCAGAUGCAGCACCCGUGUAAUGAAUGUAAAGGAACCGGACAGACGAUUAGUGACAAGGAUCGAUGCCCUCAGUGCAAGGGAGAUAAGGUUGUGCCGGAGAAGAAAGUUCUGGAAGUAGUUGUGGAGAAGGGUAUGCAGCAUGAUCAAAAAAUUACUUUUGCCGGAGAGGCUGAUGAGGCGCCUGAUACUGUCACUGGAGAUAUCGUCUUUGUAGUGCAGCAGAAAGACCAUCCGAGGUUCAAGCGAAAGGGUGAAGAUCUCUUUUAUGAGCACACCUUGAGCCUCACUGAAGCUCUCUGUGGUUUCAGAUUUGUGUUGAACCAUCUUGACGGGAGGCAACUUCUUAUCAAAUCACUCCCCGGAGAAGUCAUCAAGCCUGGUCAGUUUAAGGCGAUUUAUGAUGAGGGCAUGCCGAUCCACCGAAGGCCGUUCAUGAAGGGCAAGCUGUACAUACACUUCUCAGUGGAGUUCCCCGAUUCCCUGAAUCCCGAUCAGGUAAAAGCACUUGAAACGAUUUUGCCGCCUAGACCAUCAAUGUCACUCACAGACAUGGAGUUGGAUGAGUGUGAAGAGACUACAUUGCACAAUGUCAACAUUGAUGAAGAGAUGAAAAGGAAGCAAACCCAUGCGCAGCAGGAAGCAUAUGAUGAAGAUGAUGAACCUGCUGGGGCUCAGAGAGUCCAAUGCGCUCAACAGUGAUUCCAUUCAUGUUAACGAAUAAUGACUUAAUUUCACUACAUAUUAGUGGUGUAUUCCUGGAUGUUGCUUCUUGUUAGUUAUCGUACAAGCUUUGUAACGGGUUGGUGUAUAGAACAUGUACUGGUGGUACUCGUCAAUGGCUAAUGACAGAUUCUUCACAACGUUAAAUUUUGACUUGCUUAUGGUGUUUUGGCCUGAUUUUCAGUAACAUUUGACUGACGGCAGCUGUCUACUUAAAUUGCUACAUUUUGUA